UCGGCUCUGGCUCUUGCCGCCUCAGUCAACGCCCAUGCCAUCAUGCAGCGUAUCAUGGUCGACGGUGUUGACCAAGGCUCCUUGACCGGCAUCCGUGCCCCUUCCAGCAACAACCCCGUCCAGGAUGUCAGCUCCACCGACCUUCUCUGCGGUGCCAGCUCUGGCUCUUCCUCCAAGCUCAUCACCAUUCCCGCUGGUUCUUCCGUCGCUGGGGCUUGGGCUCACGCUCUCGGUGGCCCUCAAGGCGCCGGCGAUUCGGACAACCCUAUCGCUUCUUCCCACAAGGGUCCUACUCAGGUCUACCUCGCCAAGGUCGACGAUGCCGUUUCCGCUUCCGCCACUGGUCUCAAGUGGUUCAAGAUUGCCAGCGACGCUGUUACUUCCGCCGGUGUCUGGGGCGUCGACAACAUGAUCAAGAACACCGACUCGGCAGGCUUCGGCUGGCAGAAGUUCACCAUGCCCAGCUGCAUUGCUCCUGGUCAAUACCUCAUGCGUGUUGAGUUGCUUGCUCUGCACUCUGCUUCCUCGGCUGGUGGCGCUCAGUUCUACCAGUCUUGCGCUCAGAUCAAAGUUACUGGUUCUGGCUCCUUCUCGCCUGCCACAUCGGCUCAGAUCUCGCUUCCUGGUGGCUACUCGGCUACUGAUGCUGGCAUUCUCGCCAACAUCUAUGACUCGUCCAUCUACACUUCUUACAAAGCUCCCGGUCCUGCUGUCAUCAGCUGCGGUGCCGGCGGUGCUGCUCCCACUUCUUCUCAGGCUGCUGCUCCUGCUACCUCUGCUGCUUCGGGAUCUGGUGGUGCUGUUGCAAAGUAUGGACAGUGUGGCGGUAAGGGAUUCACUGGCGCGACUACUUGUGCUUCGGGAUCUACUUGCAAGGUCCAGAAUGACUGGUACUCUCAGUGCAUCUAG